ACGUGGGGGCGGGCAGGGUGUUUCCUUUGAGCUGGAUACAUUGUAGCCGCCGCGAAGGUUCCGUCGCCGCCUCGGCCGCGGCCUCCGUCCGCUGCCCUCUGCCCGCCGCCGGCCGAGAGAAGCGUGGGGCGGAGAGAGCCCGGCCUUUGAGGAGGCGUCGAGCGGGGGCUCCGGGCCUUCAGAGCCGGCUGCUGCGUGGCUUGGGCCCCCCCGCCGCCCCAGGCCUCUGGGCCCCUCCCUCCUUCCCUCGCCCGCCAUGGGGGACCCCCUGCCCCAGAUGGCCCCUGCGACCACCAUGGACGAUCUUCUUCCUUUGCUUUUCCCACCAAGCUGGGGCCUUCAUGAACCCGCUCCCAGCAGCAACCCCAUGGUGGAAAUCAUCGAGCAGCCCAAACAGCGUGGGAUGCGCUUCCGUUACCAGUGCGAGGGCCGCUUGGCUGGCUCCAUCCCCGGGGAACGCAGCACCGACACCACCAAGACGCACCCCACCAUCAAGAUUCAGAACUACCAGGGCCCAGGGAAGGUCCGUAUCUCCUUAGUGACCAAGGAAGCCCCCCAUCGGCCUCACCCCCACGACCUGGUGGGCAAGGAUUGCAAAGAAGGCUAUUAUGAAGCCGAGUUAUCUCCGGAGCGCUCCAUUCACAGCUUCCAGAACCUGGGAAUCCAGUGUGUGCGGAAACGAGAUCUGGAAAAGGCCGUGGCCAAACGGAUCGAGACCGGGAACAACCCGUUCAAUGUGCCCAUGGAGGAGCUCAAAGGAGAUUACGACCUGAAUGCAGUUCGACUCUGUUUCCAGGUCUGGAUUCGAGAUGCGGGCACGGGGCAUUUGAUUCAGCUGCCCCUGGUGGUCUCCCAACCGAUUUACGACAAUCGUGCGCCCAAUACAGCCGAGUUGAAAAUCUGCCGCGUCAACCGCAACUCGGGGACUUGCCUGGGGGGAGACGAAAUCUUCCUUCUCUGUGACAAAGUCCAAAAAGAGGACAUCGAAGUCCGCUUUUUCAAGGAUACCUGGGAAGCGAAAGGGUCCUUCUCGCAGGCUGACGUCCACCGCCAGGUGGCCAUUGUCUUCAAGACGCCACCCUACGCAGAUCAGACCAUCCGCGAGCCCGUGACGGUCCAGAUGCAGCUGCACCGGCCCUCCGACAAAGAAGUCAGUGGCUCCAUGGAGUUCCGUUAUCUCCCGGAUGAAGGCGAUUUCCAUCGAAUUGAGGAGAAGCGCAAACGGACCCUGGGCACUUUUAAGAACUUCGUACAGAAAACACCUUUUGCAGUCGGAACCACAGAAGCGCAAUCUCCACGCCGCAUUGCCGUUCCGAAACAUGGAGUCCCCCGCCCUAACACCAGCGCCGUGCCAGGUUUUCUGGGAGCAUCCAGCCACUCGCCUAUGCGCCCAAUUCAGAAGCCGCAAGUCAUGGCUCAGCCGCCUGCCGGCUUCUUCGUUGGGUCCAGCCACCCUACCCCGUCGCAGCAUCCCAUGGCCGCAGCCUCCAACUUCAGCACCGUCAACAUGGAGGAUUUGUCGUGCCUGGGCGUCUCCUCGCAGGCGCCGCCUUCCUCCAUGGACACCGAAACCAGCAUCGCCGACGCCUUCCUGCACCUCCACUUUGAAGGGGAUCCCUUGGGGGGCCUUUUGGAUGACGCUCCCUAUAGCAGCCUGGAUAGCAUCAACACCACCGAGUUCCGGCAGCUCCUCAACGAAGGGGCCGGCCCCGCCCCGCUGCCGGAUACCCAGGGGACACUGAUGACCUACCCGGAAUCGAUCACUCGCUUGGUCAGCCAGCGGAGGGCGGGAGGGGAGCCCGGCGGCAACGGGGACGGCGGAGGCCCCGCCCAUUCAACCAACAACAGCUUCCUCAACGGCCUUUUGGGGACCCUUCCCGCCGAGGACAGCUUUUCGUCCAUGGUUGACCUGGAUUUGAACUCGCUUCUCAACUCGUAAGGAUUCCCGGCGGGUCCGAGACUCGCAGCUCGCUCUUCAGGCUACGGGUGCUUCGGGCUCUAUUUGGGGAAACGUGGCAGGGAGGGGGCAGCCAUCAAAACAGGAUUGGGGGUGGGCUUGGCCUCUGCAGAUUGGACGGGAUGUUCUGUCCCCCCCCCCUCCAAAAAAAACCCCAUUUCCUCUUCAGGGAGCUGACAGUACGAAGAUGGGAAGGGAGCGUGACGUGCCUUUGCGUGUUUUUCCGCCUUCCAGUUUAGCAGAGGCUCUUCCGACUUGGCGAUCAAAAUGCAAAGUUGUUUUUUUUUUUUUAACUUUUAAAAAAAGUUCUCGGUGGUGGUUCUUUUUUUUAAAAAAAAAAAAAGCCUCAAAUUUCCCAGAGUUCCAAGACGUUUUUUUUCAAAUACUGUUUAAAGUUUGAGAACAAAAUAAGAUACCGCUUUGUCGUCGCCAGCCUCGCCUUUUUUUUCCUAACUCAGCUGGCCCAAGUUGUCCCACUUUUUUAAAAAAAAAAAAGAAAAAAGAAUUGCAGGAUUCCCUUGCCUUUCACAAAGCGGCCAUCAGCUACGGGUAGUCAAGUUCGUUUUAGUGACCAAAGUUGCAACGACACUGAAAAACAAUGUCACUUGGGAUCGUUUCUCCACACUUAACGACCGUUGUGGCAAUCCCCAGGAUCACGUGACCAAAAAUUCAAAUGCUUGGCAACCGACUCGUAUUUACGACGGUUCACAGUGUCCCAGGGUCACGUGAUGCCCUUUUGCGACCUCCUGACAAAUGAAGACCACCUGACUCGGUGGCUAAGACGCCGAGCUCGUCGAUCAGAAAGGUCGGCAGUUCGGCGGUUCGAAUCCCUAGUCCAGGUCUCCUGCGUCAGCGGGGGGUUGGACUAGAUGACCUCCAAGGUCCCUCCAACUCCGUUACCGUUACUGUCAAUGGCGGAGCCAGAUUGACUUAACAAGCUGUGGCAAGAAAGGCCGUAAAAUGGGACACAAAACCUCACUUCACGUCAGGUUUCACUUAACCACAGAAGCUUCGCUCUGCUCCAUUGUGGUCGUAACUUGAGGAUUACCCCAUAUGGGACUGACGAAAUGCCCGUUUUAUAUAUAUAUAUAUAUUUUGGCAAGGCACAGAAAUGUUUUAUCAGGGGCACCUUUUGUGUAUAAAGACUCGUUUUUGGUGUCUUAUAAAACGCUGUAGCAGCUUUUCCGACUUGCCAGGUUUAAAUGCUGGAAUCUUCCCCCACCAAGUGGGAUAAAACUUUUUUUAAAAAAGAAAAACACAUUAAAUUAAUGGUUUUUAAAAAACCCAAAGGCACGAGAUCGGUUCCACCAGAAAAUGGCUCUUUUUGGGGCUCUGCAACUUGUGUGCUGUGGAGCAGGGGUCUCCAACCUUGGCAACUUUUAAGACCCGUGGACUUCAACUCCCAGAAUUCCUCAGCCAGCUUUUCUGGGAGUUGGAGUCCACAGGUCUUAAAGUUGCCAAAUUUGGAGACCCCUGCUGUGGAGCAAGCCUGUGUGCUCUUGUGUGUGUGUUAUUUAGGUCAGCCACAAAACUAGACCAGAAAGGGAAGAAUUCGGAAGUUGAGUCAAGUCUUCAGUAUCUUUCAACUGGCUCAGACACAAUUAAGAAAAAUUAAAAGGGACUUCAUGCACUGGCUUUGUAGAAGGAAAGCAAGGUUCGCCUAAUUAUGUAUCUACUGGUUGGGCGAAACACAACACCCAAAGCCACGAGCAAAAAUAAUCUGAAGCGUAUCAGGGGGUCGUGUGUUGAAUGCAACUGACAUUCCGCAAAAAAAGGGAUUUAGCAGCUUUUUUUUCCUGCUUGCCUUCUGCUUUCUGGCUUGAGGGGAGGGGGGGAAAUCCGAUUAAGAGAGUUGGAAAAUUAAAUCAGCUUAGAGGCCAGAUGGAGAGUAACCACGAUGCCUUAAGUUGUGGGCUUCUGAUGGGGUCCCGCAUCUCAGUCCCGCAGGGUGCAAAAUAAAUAAAUAAAUAAAGGGGAGUUGUUGUCGCAACCUUGCUGCCUUCAUUCUGUUUUGAACUAUGCAACGUUGUUUUUUUUUAUUAAAAAAAAAAGGGAGUGGAUGUUUAAAACGUAGUUAACCUGCUGUUACUUUUGCAAUGCGUUUCUUUGCUUUGAACGUAAAUUGAACAUACUUAUUUUGCCUUCUCCUCACUGUAGCAGGUUCUUCUAAUAAACUAAAGGCUCAGCGUU